AUGGGCGGAAGCUUUAAAUAGUAUAUUUUUGAAAAUUCAACUCUUGUCAAUAUCAAAAUCUUGCCUGGAUGCAGAUAAAAUAAAGUUGUAUCAGCUGCAAGUAUUAACGGAACUACCAUCGAUGUUUAUUUAGGGGAAUAUAAAGAAGUUAUAUUCGAAGAUUGGGAAUAUUUAAUUCCUGGCUGCCUAAUUGAUAAUAAUUAUCAUGUAGAAGCUAAAAUAUAAGCUUUAGAUUUUGAAAAUCUUUUUAAAACAGUUGAUUAUGUCAACAUCUCUAAGCUUAAUGAUACUUAAUAUAAGAUGUCAAUAAAUCCUUCUAAUCAUUCUUUAGUUGGACUUCAGUAGCUUUAUAUGCUAAAUUAAGAUUUAGGCUAAAUUAUUACUGAAUAAAAUGUUAGUUUCUUUCUAAAUAUUAUCGAUUCUUGCCAAAUAAAAGAGUUGAUCAAACCUUCCUUUAAAUACUAUCAAGAAUAUCAUUUAGGAGAAAUUAGUAUGAUUUACUCAAUAGAUCCUGAGGAUAUAGGGUCGUAUUAAGUAAUAGUGAAAGGUAUUAUUCAAUCAAAAGAAAUUGUACUGCAAUAAUCCUACGAGUUUACUCUUAGAGUAUCUUCCUAGUAGUUGAAAGCUUACAAUGAAAUGCCAUAUUUUAUAGAACCGCUCCCAGAUAUGAGUUUUGAUUCUUUAGAAAGACACAUAUACUAAUUUCCUCCUAUUAAGGGUUUUUAAUAAAAUGGAAUGUCAAUAUAAAUAGAAGAAUAGCCCAGAUUUGCUACUAUAAAUUCUAAAGAAAUAAUUCUCGAGCCUACAGAUGAAGACAUUGGGUCAUAUACCCUAACUAUAGUUUUCAUUGAUAACAAAUAUGGCUAAUUAUUAUCUAAAAGCUAAAUGAAAAUUUAAAUUAGAUCAAAUUAGAAAAACUAAAAUGAGUAGGAUAUUCUUGUCUAAUAAUAUCUCUAAGAAACUCUAACAGAUUUUACUUUCAAUGAUAUUAAAAUUCAGAAAAAAUAACUGGCAGCAAAACUAAAGGCUAACCAAACUUUAGGCUAGGAGUUAAAAUCUGACUAUUAAAAGAAAUCUAGAACCACUAAAUAUGAUGUGAUGUAGAUAAAGAUUAAUAAAAAAUACUUCUUUGUUAGUGAUGAUUUAAAAAAGGUUGUUGAUUCUGAUCAAAAUCUAUAUCAUGAAAUUCCACCUUAAAUGCCGAAUACAGUCCUUGGCUUAUCAUUGAAAAAAUUAUGGAUGUUAAUCCAAACUUUACAGAUUAUUGUCCACCUGCCGAUGCUCCAGGUUCCUUUACCUGCAAAUGUCAUUUUUUGCUUUAGCUAAAUAAUUGACAUUUCAAAUUUGAAUGUAAUUCCAAAGUAAUACAUUAAAGAGGUAUUGAAUGCUUCAUUUGAUGAUGCAAUGUCAAUUGCUUUUGCAAUGUUUAUGAUCAUUUACUUGAUCUCAAUCAUUAUUGUUAUAGCUUUUUUCUUUAAGAUAUAUGAGCAACAGCUUGAAUUAAAAUUAAGGCAAAGAUAACUAAGUAAAAAGGAAGAAAGCUUGAAAAAGAAUGAUAAUUAAAAUAAUUUGAAUAUAUCUAAAGAUCAUAACUUAACAAGCGCUAAUAUGAUCUAUAAAUCUGUAGAAAAUGAUCUGUACAAAUCAUUCAAUAAACCAGCAAAAUUUGAUUAGCAAAAUCCUAUUUUCUAGUUUGAAUAAGAUUGCUUUGAAAAAAGAUAGAAAAGGUCUGUUAAAAAGAAAUCUAAAUACAGAAAAAGGUUAAGAAGUUAGAUUGAUAUCUAAAACAAAAUAGACCCAAUAUUUAUAGAGGAUUAAAUAUUAGACAAAAGUCCUAAGAAAUCAAUUAAAGUAUAGAUGCUGGUUGUAGAAAUGGAUGAUUAAACUAUUUAAGUAGGAGAAAAAGUCUAAAAGUGCUUGCCUUAGAGCAAGAUUUGA